CGUGGACGCGGAGUGGAUCUGCGCGCGCUGACUGAGGCUGCUGCUCCACAGCUACACGCCACGAUUCCACAACAUCAGCUCUAACGCCAUCAGGGAGACUGAACAGCAGUGUUCUCUAUGCGUGCCUCGCAAAAGGAAAACACCCGCUGUGUUUACUGGUGCCUGCUCUUCUGUGGUCAUUGGAAGGCAUGAAUGCUCACUCUGUGUUGCUCCUGGUCAUAUCCCUGCAUGGCAGUAAUGAAACGUUUCCUUCUCUGCACUCCAGAUAGGAUCAGCUCCAGUCCGCAGAGUCUAAAUGAAGUUUCCCAGCCAUGCAAUGUUCUUGGAAGGCUGUGAUCCUGCUAGCCUUGGUCUCCAUUGCCAUCCAGUACACAGCUAUCCGGACCUUCACCUCCAAGCCUUUCCAGCUUUGCCCUGUGUCCAUCCCGCAGAAUUGUGGCUUGGGGGCGCAGGAAACGGACUCCACCUUUGAGCGUGGAUGUGAUGAGUAUGCUUACUUCACCUUUAACGCCUCUCGAAAGACCCACAUCCUGGUGUUAGCCACUACCCGCAGCGGCUCGUCGUUUGUGGGGCAGCUGUUGAACCAGCACUCCGAUAUCUUCUACCUGUUUGAGCCGCUUUACCAUGUUCAAACGGCCCUGAUCCCUCGCCUCUCACACAGCCGGAACACUGCUGACAGGAGGGUGAUGCUGGGGGCCAGUCGGGACUUGCUCAGAAGCCUCUACGGCUGUGACUUGCACUUUCUGGAGAGCUACAUCAAGCCACCGCCGACAAACCACACCACGGACAAGCUGUUCCGCCGGGGGGCCAGCCGGGCGCUCUGUUCCCAGCCGGUCUGUGAUGCCUUCAGUCCUGGGGAGGCUAACGUGGAAGAGGGCGACUGCGUCAAGAAGUGUACAACUCUCAACAUGACCCUUGCAGCUGAGUCUUGCAGGGAUAAGCGGCACGUUGCCAUCAAGAUCGUGCGGGUACCUGAAAUAGGGGAUUUGCGGGCACUGGUGGAGGAUCCGCGGCUGAACUUGAAGGUGAUCCAGCUGGUCAGAGACCCUCGGGGUAUUCUUGCGUCACGGAUCGAGACCUUCCGGGACACUUACCGAUUGUGGAGAAUUUGGAGAGCAACAGGGCGGAAGCCUUACAACUUGGACUUGACUCAGCUGACAGUGGUAUGUGAGGACUUUUUGAGCUCAGUUUCUACAGGUCUCAGCCACCCCUACUGGCUUAAGGGGAAAUACAUGUUGGUGCGAUAUGAGGACUUAGCGAGGAACCCUCUUCAGAAAACCAAGGAUAUCUACGACUACCUUGGGCUGUCUAUGGACAAGAAUGUGGUGGAUUGGAUUCAGGCAAACACCAGAGGGAGUAAUGAGCUCUCAGCCAAACACAAAUAUGGAACAGUGAGAGACUCUGCAGCUAAUGCCGAAAGCUGGAGGCUCAAACUGUCCUUUGACAUGGUGGACUACACACAGACCGUGUGUCAAAAAGUCCUGCAAACAUUGGGCUAUAAAAGUGUCAAAUCUGCCGAGGAACUGAAAAAUAUGUCUCUCUCUCUUGUGGCGGACAAAGUUUUUGUACCAUUUUGAUAACAAAGAUAGUUGUGGAUGACUAUUUUUGAUAUAUUUAUAAAUGUUGCCUUAUGAUUGGUGUUAAGGUUAUUGUUUCCCUCCUGCAUACUGUUCAAAUUUGCACUAAAUUCCAAAAAUCCUUGAAUUCAUAUGGAUAGAGUUCCUAAUUUAUCUAGAAACAAUAGCACAAGGGAAUUUAAUGCAAAGAGCAAGCAAUGUACUGUUGCUGACGGAUUGAUGAGAAAGACCAUAUUAUGUACUUCAGUGACUUCAUCAAAUACAAAAGAAUCAUCACUGGUCCUGUUAUGCCUGGCUGUUGCUUUAACACAACUGAAUGUUGUCCAUAUUUUUGCAAGGGUCUUGUCAGCUCCACAAAGAGAAUGGUGAUAAAAAUGCGCAGACCAAAAUGUGGCAGAGAUAACACACUGUAUGAGAACAACUGUGCAAUAAAUUGUGAAUGUCGCA